AUGGAUUCUGGGUUCUACAACGUGCAAAUGCCACGGCAAGUCUUGGGCACUGAGCCUGUCGAGUGCCUCGCAGUUAGUGUGAGACGUAUGCCGAACGGAUUAGAUCAGAACACUGACCAGGCGUUCGGUGUCAGCUGGAUAUUCCCAAAUGGCGGCAUUGGGAGCAUUGUCUCAGAUUUGGCCGCAACAGGAGGCCAUUUUCUCCCUUGGCUAACGAGCGGUCUGCCGUCAAUCAAGGCUCCAAUGUGCUCAGUCAAAGAUCGUGAAAAGACUAUCCGAUGUCCAACAUUGGAAGAGAUGGAGACGAUUACUACGAAAAUUGUCAUUAUUUGGGACGCCCUUCUCGCAUCGAUAUGGCAUUGA